ACCUAAUUCAAACGAAUUGGGCAUUUAACGAACAAAAAAAGACAUUUUUGCAACACUUUUUCCUCCAAAUCCACGCAAAACUGAUUGACGAGUUGGGCAGCAAUUCUUUUGGUUCGUCGGUCUUUGGAAAAAGUUGCUGCACCUCUGUGUUCCCUGUUAAAUCUAUCAAAACGGAAGACCCCAGGCAAACGGGGACCGAGUCUCGUUCAACGGGAAGGGACACAGUUUCAUCUGUACCCCCCGAAAGCAGACGCUGGGUACCCCCAACUAUUAUCAAGGAAUAUGGACUUAUCGAAGAGACCCAGAAGGAUGCGGUUUUUCGCAAAGUUCGCGGUAUUUUAAACAAAUUAACGCCGGAAAAUUUUGAGAAAUUAAGUGAUGAAUUGCUAAAACUCGACUUUAAUUCGUCAAAAAUUCUAAAUGGUACCAUAUUACUGAUCUUCGAAAAAGCCAUUGACGAGCCCAAGUACUCGUCUAUGUAUGCACAGCUAUGCAAAAGACUCUCAAUUGAAGCGCCAAACUUUGAAACAAAUAAUGAUUCGUGUUGUACAUUUUUGCGUUUACUUGUGAACAAUUGCCGUGACAAAUUUGAAAAUCGUGCGAUACAUUUUGAAAAUAUAAUAAAUUCCUCAAGUGUUUUAACGGACGAUGACGAGGAAAAACGAAAUAUUGCCAAAGCCAAGAUGCUUGGCAACGUCAAGUUUAUCGGUGAAAUCUUUAAGUUGGGCAUGCUGGGUGAGACCCAUCUACAUAAAAUGCUCCGAUCACUUCUACAAAAAGGCUCCCGACAAAAUCCCACACUGGAAGAACGAUGCGAUGACCUGGAAUGUUUGGCACAGAUUCUUAAGACAUGCGGUAAACAGUUGGAUGCUUCACAGGGCAAAAAUUUGAUGGAUCAAUAUUUUGAGCAUGUGGAACGAAAAAUACAAACAAACAGCUAUUAUCCGGCACGCAUAAGGUUCUUAUUGCGCGACGUGAUUGAGCUGCGCAACAACAAUUGGAUACCACGUAAAAUCGCACGCACCGAUGGACCGGUGCCAAUGCAGGAUCUGAACACAGACGAAGACAUUUUGCGUGGCGGUUCAGCAGCGUAUUUGCAUCGGCAACAACGCGAUCAACGGAAUAACGAACGCGACAGUAACCAUUGGAUGAGUAAACUACCGCUCAACUUGCAAUCGACGGGCUUUAAUGACAUGUUUAGCAGUUUGAGCGUCGCGGGAGGCACGUCGUCGUUAAUUCCGCCCUUUUCGCCGCAACAAAACUCGUACAACAGUCGAGGAAAUGACUUGCGCGACAAUUCUCGCCAUGGAGGCGGGCACGAUUCGCAUCGCGGCGGACAUCGCACCUACAACAACAACAACCCGAGAAACCAUCAUCAUCGCGGAGGCAAUUCUGGCGAAGAUGGCGGCAAUAAUGGGCAUAAUAACAAUUACAAUCCGCGUUAUAACAAGCACAACAAUCAUCGCGAUGGUCAUCAAAAUCAAAAUAAUUCGCACAAUAACUCGUAUGGCGGCGGGCAUCAUCAAAAUAAUCAACAGCAAAAUAAUAUGUUGAACAAUAAGGAUAUCGCGCCACGUUUUAAGCGCACGAUGAUGACUCCGACGACGCAAACAAACACCGUGGAUAACUUGGAGAUGCGCCCAAAUCAGAAUAGUUUGUUGUACAAGGCAAGUCAGCAAAGUAUGAAGCAACAACAACAGCCGUUGCCUCUUCAACCGCCCAGCAGUAACAAUUCCCAGAACAAUUCGCCGUAUGGCGGACGUAAUUCCAAUCCGGAACAAUCGCGCGGCGGGCAUCAAAACACGAACGGGCAUUAUAACAACCAACAACAGUCGCCCUAUGGACAAAAUCGCAACUCAAACUGGAACUCCAACUACAAUAAUCAUCAAAAUAACGGCGGAAAUCACAAAAAUCCGCAUGGCGGGCAACAUUCGACGCACGAAAACAACUUCCAAUCGUCGCCCUUUGGAAAUUCCGGUCCAACUUUGGGUCCCAAUACACUUUUGGGACAAACGAAGAACGCCGUCGGCAAACCAAUGGCUGUUGUAGCGCCCACAGCAUCGACGCCCAUCAAUAAUAUCUUGCAAAAAGACACGAUCCCCAUAAAACAAGCGCCCGAAAAGGCCAGCAAGAAGGAAAAGAAGGACAAAGGGCCCGGCAAAGAGGAAUUUAUGAAGUUAGUUGUUGCUUUUGUCAACGAUACGCUCCUCAAACAAGAGGAAGAAAGCACGGAGAGCAAACUCAUCGAAGAAAAUGGCGAAAUUGAGGAGAAUGGCGUCACCGAGAAGAAAGACGUCGACGAAAAAGAAGUUGUAAAUAACGAAGAUGACGAUCAGGAAUUGAAAAAACCGAAGAAAUCACCCGGCGGCAAUACGAUCGACGACAAAUGCGCCGCUUUCUUGGAACUAAAAGUGCCUGAUAAGUUUAUGAAGGACGCCUGCAUCCGCAUUCUCAAUGAAAUUCUCGACAAAGACGAUGCCACGCACGAUCGUGUCAUCGAGUUUCUGCUGGCGAUGCGCAAACCCGAACACAAGUUGACAAAUAGCGCAUUGCUCGAGGCCUUCAAGAACGUCAUCAACACGAUGAACGAGAAGGAGAAGACGAUACCAAAAAUCACGACAAUUAUUGCGUCGCUGUUGUCGCGCGCCGUGCUCGUGAAACUCUGCAAACUCUCGGAUAUCGCCAAUUAUGCGGAAAAUGGGCAACAUUACCCAUUGUUUUUGCUCGUUUUGCAGCAAUUGCACAAGAAAUUGGGCAAGCAACCGUUGCAGGAGCUCUUUAAUGCGAGCAAAGUUAAUCUCAUGUCGUCGCUGCCCGAAGUUGAUCGCACGAAAGAUCGCAUGGCGGAGAUUCUCGAAGAUAGGAAUUUGAGCUUUUUGUAUCCGUUGUUGCGUGUGCAGUCGGAUUUGUGGCGACAAAUUACAACAGAUCCCAAUCCGCAGGCAUUCUAUAAAUACAUCAAGGAGAAUAUUGAGUCUUGCUUGUAUGCGGAUCCCGGUUUCAUUACUGCGAUGACCACGGUUAUCGUUAAAUUUAUUACAAAGGAAUCCAGUCUCGCCGAAGGAGUGGAUCUCACAAAACUACCCGACAAAGCAAUAGUGGACAAGGAAAAACAAUUAUUAGAAAAGUAUGGUCCUGUAUUAAUUUCAUUCCUGCAUCAAAAGAUUGAUCUUCAGCUGAUCGCCAUCUAUGCACUUCAAGUAUUCUGCUAUAGCGUCAACUUCCCAAAAGGAAUGUUACUGCGAUGGUUCACAGCGCUAUACGAGCUGAAUAUUAUCGACGAAGAUGCAUUCCUCCAAUGGAAAGAAGACAUCACUGACAUGUAUCCCGGCAAAGGUCAAGCUCUUUUCCAAGUGAACGCCUACUUGACUUACUUGGCAGAGGCUGAAUCGGAGGAAGAUGAAGAGGACGAAGCUUAAAAAUCACGAUUUUAAUCAAUUUUCAAAUUUAAAAAAUCCAAUCAGGCGAUAUUUAAAAACUGUUUUAGUUACACAUUUUAUCAAAUUUUUUUCGAAGACUAUUUUAAAGAAUAUUUAAAAAAAAAUAAUUAUUUAAAAACAUCAACAAAACAAGUGGAAAACUCAAUAAAUUGAGAUACGAACGCUAAA